AUGAAGCAGGUCUAUAUUCUGGCUCCCAACCUCUUCAUUUUCAUGCUCUCUGUCAUGCUACUGGUCGCCUACCGUGAUGAGCGCCCUGGGAUCAGCACCGCCUACAGGACCGAGGCCAGCUUCUCAACGCACGUCGACCGCAAGCGUCUACGCGGACUUCGACUACCGGUGGUCAUGCACAACUCUCCGCGGACAACUGUGCACUCAAUGCCACGACGGAAGCAGCCGUGCAACGAAGCGUGCGGCUCUUCGCCCCCGGUUGCGCGAACUUCGGACUGA